UCGCCGUGGUUUUUCUCUCCCGUCUUUUGGGUACCCUCCUACCGGUGGUCCUGCCCUUCCUUGUGAAUCACCUGCUGCCCUCAGCCCGCGCACGACGUUCCGCCUACAACCGAACCGAGCGGGAGAUACGUGAUAUACGCCAUCAGAUGGCUGGCCUGAAUAUGGUGGACAACUUUGCUGCGUAUUCAAAGCUGGAGAGGAAGCUGAGGAACCUGAAACGUCAGCAGAUGUCCUGGGAACGGUACCAGAUGGGCACU